UCGGAUCGAAGCAGGCCUCAGAAGUAAAGAACACCCCCGCGCGAAAGAGCAGCCUAGCUAGGGAGAGAUCUCGAAGUCCAUCGAAACUCCUUCAUCAGCGAGUGCUCAUUUCUUAUGCCCUAUACCAACCUAGCCGCCAUGGUAUCCAAAACGGAUCUCACUCCCCCACCGAAAUGCUCGUCAUCGUCUAAAGAAUCCGAGGACAACCCCUACCGCGGUACUGCAGAGUUUGGCAUCUUGGGGAAAAGCCAAAUUCGAACCGUCCAGAUCCAUCAAAAGUCUCAUUUAGCGUUCGCAGACGAGUCCGGGCGGGUUGUAUUCCAGAUCUUCGUGGACGACUCGAUAACUGUGAGCUUCCCCGAAGACGCAACAGCGCGCCUGGGGAUCAAUGGGCCGACAAUCCCCACGGACCGAGAAUGCGUCGACCCUAAAGACUUGAAACGUGGGGCGUAUGGGGCGACGCACCGCUGCGAGUUUUGGAUCCGAGCCCAGGAGUGUCUGAUAGAGGAGGCCGAGAAGAUUACUGAAGCCACACAAAUCGUUCGUUUUGGAGACGGGUAUUUGAGUGCGAGUGAUCAUGGCAAGUGGUGCGGGCUGUUCAUGGCAAAGCCCGUUUCUCUUCGAGUUGAGUAUAGGGAUGCCUGGAUGAAUGUUACCCUACCUGGUGAUGAUGGCGACGGCAUCAUCCUCAUACCCGAUGUCAUUGUUACCCCUAUUUCACUUCCCAAGCUCGUUACGACACGCCCGAUUGUCGACCUGACCCAGGGACUUCCUCAUCAUCCUCGUUCGUUACCCGCAAGACGGAGACGACCUUCAGAGUUAUUACCAACCUACUUCAUUCCUUAUUUCCGAGAACCCAUACCUCAUUAGGGCCAAGACUACUUCCUCCAUAUCUCUUCCUUUGCUUUCUCUCAUCUACGGUUCCGGGAUCAGCUUGUCUUCUGUCUCACCUUGCUCCUUU